GCCAAUACCCUAAACGCCAAAGGUGCUUUCUUGCUGAAGUUUUUACACACAGCAAUUGAAGGUAUGUAUAUGGGUAGUGAAGCUGGAUACGAAUAUCGUUGGCAGUUUUCGAUGGUGGGCUUGGACGAGAUUAAUUCCCAGCACAAAUCGGCCGUAACAAAAGAUGGCUCCAAAGCUUUUCUCUUCGAGUUUAGGACGAACUUCAUCAUGAGCCCUAAUCCUAAUCCAGAACAAAAGAUAAUCUUGGACUCAGAGAGCUUCGAUGUAAUGGUGCAUGAGUUGGGAGAUGCAGAGAAAGAGGCAACUGGUCUUUAUUUCUUGACAUUUAAGAGGCUGAAGGAUUACUGGAUGACUCGGGACGAAAUCAAGCUUAUGCUCGGCCAGGCCCUCGAUUUCACCCGAGAGGCAGCGGCUGACACUCAACACGCAGCCCUCAAUAAAAUACCAGUCGUGGUGGGCCUUGAGGUCUGCACGGUCCAACAAGACGGCGAGUCCAUUGAGGCUGCUAUGGGCCGGGCGAUCAGGGCCCAAUACUUGGUGCCCUUGUACCUGUGGACCAAGGAGACACCAAAGCAGUACAAGCUGAGAUAUGGGGUGCUCUGGUUAUACUUUUUGUGGAAACUGGGCAAGAUAAGAGUUGAAAAUGUUGACGAGGGGUUAGCUAUUAUGCAGGCUUGUCAUAUUUGCUCUAGGGCUACGACCAUAGGUGCUCAAAUAACUGUGCUCCCUAUUUGUGGCCAUGCUUUUCAUACCCGUUGCCUUUGGGUGUGGUUGGAGGAUAACGAAAAGUGCCCGUUGUGCGGUGACCCUGCGUAUGAUGUCAGUAGGUUUUAAGCUUUGAUUAUCGUUUUUUCGUUUCUUUUUUUGGUUUUAUGGACUCUUGGUGUCUUUUGAGAAGCCGUGCCAGAGUUUAUGGUUAUUGGGGAUCAUAAAUGUCUUGGAUGAUGCUAAAGAUUUUAAAGUUGUUCAGUUCGUGAUGCUUUUUCCCUUGCCUAUUGUUCCUAAUGUUCAGUUUUGUUUUCAAAAGGUAAUCAAACCUUUGUAUCAUUGUCGUCUAUUCAUAAUCACGGAUUCACAGAUUCAGCCUAAGGUAGGUCGAUACGUCAUACUUUUAAACAAAAU